UCCAACCGUCUGGAUACUGACAAAAGCCACAAUUGAUCGCUGGCACUUUCUUAUAAGUGUUAACAUUGGGGUAUUGUUUGAAAAAAGGCAUUCUGCUGUUAUUGUUCAGAAUGGGAUAUUGGAAAAUUGUCUAUACCAGUGUGUGCAAUAUGAGGGAGACAGAAAUAGGUUUUAACAUUUGUAUUAAGCCUAUACUAUUCCAGUAAUUGAAGUUGUCUCAGGAUUUGGGGAAGCAUAAUUAACCAAACUUUCCGAUGAUACCGCUUGUAAAAAAAAUAAGAACGGGUUUACAUGAGAACGUAUAUUUGUGUGUCGAUGUGAAUUUCGCAAAUGUGGAUUUACUUCUAAACUUUCUGUCUGUCUGACGCUGUGCUACAUCGACCUAGAAGUAAAACCACGUAAGAUCACAGAUGUCUGAUUCUGCCAAGAGGGCAACUAACCAUCAUGUUUGAUCCAGUAUGAAAAUACAUCUUACACUUCUGUCCGUCAUCAUCUGGGCUUACAAAAUGGUAAAAACACAAGAUUACAUAGAUCCGGAGAUAACAUCUUGCACAGACUGCCAACACAAGUAUACAUAUCGGGGGACACGACGGGGGAUUUUCACGUCGCCGGGAUUUCCCGACAAUUAUCCCGACAAGACCACGUGUUGCUAUUUCUUCAACGCCCGGGAUGACGGACGAGUUCGCAUCGAAUUCGACUAUUUCGACUUGGAAAAAUCCGAAAAUGCAUGUAACUACGACUACAUAGAGAUUUCAAGCAUCAACGACAGAGGGUACAAGGAGCAACCCAGGGCGAAAUACUGCGGGAAAACCACGCCCCCUUUCUACAUAUCUACCCAAUCAAAACUCGAGAUCGUCUUUCAUUCUGACGUGACGACAAACGCAAAGGGAUUUCUUGGCCAUUACGAAUUUUUAGAUAAAAACUGGCAUCCCUUCCCCCCAUCGACCAUUGGCUGCGGUGCAGGGUAUCUCACGGGGCACGGGGGUGAAAUCCACUCGCCCAACUACCCAGGGGCAUUCCCGACAGAGGCAGGUUGCACUUGGAUUAUACAGGUCGAAUCUGUGCAAAGAAUUCUCAUUACGUUCAUGGCUCUACAUAUAACAAACUCAAUGAAGUGUAUCGAUACGAACCUGCUGAUGCUAUUUGACGGCUACAUUACUCCCGACCUUGAUCCCUUGACCUUCUGUGGACAGCUGGACCAUGAAGCGUCCGACAGGAAAGAAUACCUCUCUAUCGGCGAUCGUAUGGUCAUCAGAUUUCAGAGCGGGCUGACCAACUACGGGCAGUUGACGGGUUUCCGCCUUACGUGGACUGCUGUUACCCUGGACGCGAUAGGAGGUCACUGUAAAGGGUUUCAGUGCGCGGCUAGUUCAAACCUGUGUGAUCGAUCCGUUGGAUUGGAACUAUGCAAGUUUUGUAUACACGACUCUCUCAAAUGCAAUGAACUACCAAACUGUGGGGCAUCCGACCACAGCGAUGAAACUAAGUGCCUAAAUUCCAUUCUGCGGUACGUUGGGUUUAUAGGCGGCGCUGUGCUUUUUGUUUUAAUACUGGUUAUCAUAACUGCUGUAUGUUGUUAUAAGCGCCGUCGUCGGCAACUUGUGAAAUACCGCCCACCGACUGAACAAUCACUUGCACAUUCUAUGACCCAUUCGUUUGUUUCAUCCCAAAGCUCAAAUGUCCCCGUACGGUCACUGGAACACAGCCCCAGAUCAUCAUGUAUCAUGUACACAACAUCAUUCACGGACUGCCAGGUUAGUGAAAAUCAGACUCCUAACCACUCUGGUCAGACGCCAUUAAACAGUUUUUCAAACGUUAAUUCGUUACAUCCGGGCAACAAUGUGCAAGAACCGUGUGACUUAAAAGAUGACCAAUCAUCGGAGAAAUCGGAAGUUUCCGGGUCAUACAAAGGUCAUCAGAAACGACCUUCAUAUCAAAUGAUGCGUGAAUUGUGUUACGAAGAUGGAAAUAUUAUUCUUGCUGAAAUUUAAUGUUAGUGUAUUCUUUUUUUUUCUAGAGAGGAUAGACGAAUCUCUUUUAUAUGUUUGUAUGUGUGUGUAUGUAUUAUUGUUAUUUUACAGUUAAA